AUGGAACAGUCAGAUAUUGAAUUAAUUGAUCAAGAACCACCUUCAUCGGAUGACUCAGAAAUCGAGGAUAUCUCUGAGCUGAAAUCACAUGAUCCAGAGGAAUCCCAUGAUUCAGAGGGAUCCCAUGACCCAGAGGGACCCCAUGACCCAGGGGAAUCAUAUGACCAUGCAGAACCCUUGGAGGAUAUAGUCCUUGGUGAUAUACCUCCUACCCCUGAAGACUCACCGCCUGCCUCACCGCCCAUGGUCCUUAUUGAUAAUUCCACCAUUAAUCAAAAGGCUUUUGAUGAAAUUGAUUUCCUUGAUACUAUUCCCGAAAGAGACUAG